AUGUAUAUUCCACAAAAGCGAGAAAUAUCAAUCAUCACGGAGCAUUGGAACAUGCCUCACGUCACCCUUGACGCCGCUGGAAUCGUUGCGCUUGCCGACUUGGACAUCAUUGCUCGACGCACCGCAUUAUCCGGUACCUCGCGAUUUGCAGAUGCUCUCGUCCUCUGCCCGGGUCUUCAUACACAACAAUCAGCCAGCAGCCUGAAUCGUGGGGAGUUUCCGGCAUGCGCUGCGAUGACAACUGGUUACGCUUUCAGAGUUGAAAAUCCAGCAACUGUGGCCUUCCUCCAAAACGUGGGGCGGACGGGACAGUUGACCAAUGUCAAAGUCGAGUACGCCAAAAGCCAUUGUGAGGAAUGGAAGACCAUCAAGAUAUUCUGCAGAACUUUUCCCUACGCUUUCUGCUGCGUCCUCACGAUCUCCACCCUCAUCGUGUUUGCAUUGAUCCGAGACUGGUGGGCCGUUACAUCCGUUUGUAUCUUGAUGUUUGCACGACUAUGCAACGUCCUUGUUGUCAAGAAAAGGGUCGAAAGGGCGGGCGAGUGGAAAGGUGCUAGCGAGCCGGGGGUACAGGGCGAUCUGCUUGUGCUGAUGAGUCAAGAUCGUUGGAUCAGGCUCUAUGGCGCUGUCGAUGACCUCAAAGCAGUGACAUCUGGACAGUGGCUGGCUGAGAUGAUACCACUGGAAAACGCAGUGUCUGCACUGGCGACGGUAAUGGUGUAUCUGGAUGCCGCAUUGACGAGCAAUGCUACCCAACUGGGAAAAAUCCUGCUUCUGGUCCUCCUGAUAGGCUCUGCUGGCUUCUUGGCCAUAGCCAACGAGCAAACAGAAGCUCUGCAUAUGCAUGGUCGUGUACUUCAAGUUCAGACGCAGCGAAAGGCGUACGACCGACGACUAUCCAUGGCAAAGGAGCUAAUACAAGCUUCGGGUAGAUCCGACUGGGCUCUGAAACUUGGUUUGGUAAACGAAAAGGACUGUGAUGAGAAGUGCGCCAGCGAGAACUCCUCGGUGAUCAUGUGA